GCUCCACUGUUGGGCUAAAGUAAAAGAAGAAGAGGUGGAAGUUGAUCAUUUGCAGGUCGGUGUUCCACAUCUUAUUUGACUGAAGUCACCAAGACGAUUCAGCUGUCAACAUGGGUGAAAGGAAAGGAGUGAACAAGUACUACCCCCCUGAUUUCGACCCAGUAAAGCAUGGCUCCAUUAAUGGAUACAAUAACAGCCACCCUCUCCGAGAGAGGGCAAGGAAGCUCUCCCAGGGCAUCCUCAUCAUCAGAUUUGAGAUGCCCUACAAUAUUUGGUGUGAUGGCUGUAAGAACCACAUUGGCAUGGGUGUUCGAUAUAAUGCAGAGAAGAAGAAAGUGGGGAACUACUACACCACACCCAUAUACAGGUUCAGGAUGAAGUGUCACCUUUGUGUGAACUACAUCGAGAUGCAGACGGACCCUGCCAACUGUGACUAUGUGAUUGUGAGCGGCGCCCAGCGCAAGGAGGAGCGCUGGGACAUGGCUGAGAACGAGCAGAUCCUCACCACAGAGCACAGCGAGAAACAGAAGCUGGAGACGGAUGCCAUGUAUAAGCUGGACCACGGUGGGAAGGACAAGGAGAAGCUGCGAGCGGCCCUGCCCUCCCUCAACGAGCUCCAGGACCACCAGUCCGCCUGGAAGGACGACUUCCAGCUCAACAGCAGCCUCCGCAGAAAGUUCAGGGUUGAGAAGAAGGUGAUAGUGGAGCAGGAGGAGAAGGACGAUGCAGUGAGGAAGAGGACCAAUCUGUCCAUCUCGCUGGUUCCGGAGAAGGAGGAGGACAAGAAGCUAGCAGCGCUGCUCACCUUCCAAAGCCCUGACUCCUACGACGACCGGCAGCAGAGCAAGCGUAAGGAGAUCUCCUCCCGCUCGUGGUUCACCUCCCCCGCCGCUCCACCAGGGAGCGCUGCAGGCAGCCUCCUGCAGAAGCUGAGCCAGCAGGGCAAAGGGGCGGCCGCCACCAAGGCCCUCAGCAGCUCCCCGGCCUCCAGCGCCCUGAGCCUGGUGCGCAGACGCACCGAGGAGCCCCGGCCCGAGAUAUCGGCGGCGGCAGCCACUACCCAGCGUCGAAGCUCAGACCCUGGGAAUAGUUCUACAGCGGCUGCCUCUUGCACCACAGGAGGGAACCAUUCGCACGAGACGGGGGAAUCCACAGGGACAAAUUUGAACGUGACACAGAUUCAUCUGGAAGGAAAGGAGACGUUCAGGUGUGUAAAUGCAAGUGGAGAGACGACCUCAAAUGGCGUGACGGGAAGAUGGGCACCCGGAGGGGAUUGUGGGACAGAUGGAGAUCACGCAAGGAGCUCCUGUCUCGUCCGGUCUCUUGUAGCGGACUACAGUGACUCUGAUCCAGACAGUGACGCGAGUGAACCAUAGCCAUCAGAGGACAUCACAAUGCUCACUAUUGAUUGUCUCUGUAAUGCUGCAUUCCAAACAACUCGAACGUCGGAGGUCAGACUUCAAUUCCAACCUUCAAGUUGGGGUAGAUCGACUUAGACCGAGUUCAGAAGUGAGAACUCUGACACUCGACUUCUCCGUUCCAGUUUGUCUGGAAUGAAAUUGGGAGAUUUCAACAAGGAAAUAUCUGACUUCCGAGUUGUCUGGGAUGCUGUGCUUUUGUGUGCUGUGUCAAGUAGUACCACACGUUAAAUCUGUCCGUCAGAAUCAGGUGGGGGUGUGGCUGUUGAUAAUAAACUGAUAAUGUAAGCUCAGAGAGAGAAGUCUGGCUUCACAAUCAAACCAUAUGCUGAACAUUUGACUAAGGUCUAAACACACUUUUGGGGCAAUUGGGGAUACAUGAUGUCAAAAUGCCACUUAAUCACUCUGUGAAUUUGUCUCAGUCUCUGUUCUGUUCACUCAGUACUUUAAGAGAAAGGGCUUUUUUUGUAAAUAUACUGUUGUCUGUUGUAAGACAAGGUACCGGUGUUGUAAGUAUACAGUGAUUCCAAUUAAAUCUCAAGCCAAUACAAGAUGUCCCCCUUUUGCUAGAUGUCCUCCUUUAGCUAGAGAAUGGCCAUGUGUGAUGAACAUUUGAUUGUCAGAAUAAAGCUGUCU